AGGAUAACCAAUAUGUCCUAUCAUCGCAGAUAUAUUUAUGGAUAACUGGGAACGGAUAGCCCUUCAAACAAUUAGUCCUACGCCGAAGAUAUGCUUCCGGUAUGUAGAUGGUACGUUAACAGUACUAAAAUCGGAAUAUUUCAACGUGUUUUUGGCCCAUAUAAAUUCAGUAGUGAAUGCAAUCGAAUUUACCUAUAAUCAAGGUGAAGUAGCAGUAUUGCAUUGCAAGAUUAAACGAACACAAGACGGAAGUUUAGAGCCUGGUGUCAUGUAUAGGAAACCUACCCAUUCGAAUGGCUACUUAGACUUCAUGUCUUCUCACCCCAUCUCAGUUAGAGUAGGCUUAGUUAAAUGGUGAAGUGAUAAGAUGUUAAAGCUUCGUAGUAGGCUAGAAAAUCGACGGCAAGAAGUCAGAUGCAUCAAGAAUACUCGGCGUCUCUAUAAUUAC